GAUUCAGUGACCACGUGGAAAAGAAGCUUUCUCUAACAUAUAUACUAGGAUUAUUUUUUUGCUUUAUUUCUGUGAAAUACUGCUUUGGAAGUUACAACUUUUUUUAUUUUUUACAUUUUUAGUUGUGUCUAAGGAAUGGGUUUAUCACUUAAUCAAAUAUCAGUGUUCCUUCUUAUUCAACUGUCCAUUUCCUGUGCUUGGGCAAGGGUAUUGAGGCUACCCACACCUGAUAGUCAAGCGCUAUUCUUCAAAGAAAGACUUCCUGAAAUAACAACAGUUUUCAAACAUGAAAGCAUUGUUUUAACGUGUAAAGUUGGAGGAAUGGAACCAACAAUUCACUGGUUGAAAAAUGGAGCAAGAAUUCAACAGGGCUCUGGUCAUGACUACCGAGACGAUCAAACACAAUACGAGGAUAACGGAUCAUUCUUCGGAAAGUCUUUUACGACGUCAAAGUUAUACUUAGACUGCGUGGAUGAUGAGGAUGAAGAUGUAUAUACUUGUGUUGGGGAAACACCCACAUCAAGAAUUUCACAGGACACCAGUCUUGUCCUAGAACGUUCUGUUGAUGAAUUUUUAAAUGUAGCAGAGGAUGCCGCUGGUGAUUUUUCAAGUAGAAAAUGCAUUGAGAGAGACAUAGAAGCUAGAAUAUACCAAUGGACCAGCCUGCGCAUCGAAACGAUGGGCGAGUCUGCGCAGUUGUACUGCCGAGCGGAAGGAAGUCCAGCACCUCAGAUCAGCUGGUUGGAUAAAAAUGGGCAGGAAAUUCCAAUGGAAAAUGAUAAAUACAAGAUCUUAGAAAAUGGUGAUUUGUUGAUUAAACGACUUACGUGGAGCCAAAGGGGCAACUAUGAAUGUAGGGCGUCAAACAGAAAAGGGGAAGAUUCACAAAAAAUAUACAUCUAUCCAUUGAAAAAUUCAAGAAGUCGUAAUAACUUUUAGGACCAUAUUUUUUUUCUCCUUGGAACCUAAAAGGACCGGAAUUUCUGUCUCGAUUUUCUAUUACAAUACUCGUUGUGGCUUCGAUCAGGAGUUGUGACUUUGACGGGGUGUAUAUGCUUUCUGCAUAAUGACGCAAAAAAUACUUUUCGCUUUAUAACCAUAGGACACGAACAUAUUAUACAAUGGAUAAUAGAAAACGAGCAACAUAUGCCGUAAAAAUGACUGGAGCCAUUUCAAUUCUUGGAGCCUUUCAGUUAUAUACGCCACUCUUGAAACGUCUUCGUUAUUGGAUUUUUUUCCCAUGAACCCUUGACCGGAAGUACGCCAUAUCAUUUUCGAUGAGAAUGACAUCGAAGACAUUACGCCUGCUCUCUGUAAUGACGCCAUGAAAAAGCCACUUUUGUGAACAAAGACUUAUUUAUUAUUUAUUUUUUGAAUAUUUUGUGCAAUGAUGAUUUGUUGUUAUUGUUGAGUAAUCUUGUUAUUUUUCAUUUUUUAUCAUAUAAAUCCACUUCACUUGAAGUAGAUAUGUGUGUAUCUAAUGCCUGGUGCUUGUAUUCGAUAGGCAUUUCUGCGGCGAGUGCGGGGUUAUAAGUGCUUUUGAAAAUCUCAAUGCUACAAUAUUGAUUUUGACACAAAAUAAUUGUCAAAUUGUUCACAAACAUUAUAGGACCAAAAAUCAACCAAAGUUUUUAUCUGACCAAAUUUUGUUCAGAAUAAGUGUAUGAGUGUGUCAUUCAUUCUUUUUCUUCAUCUAUUUAUUAUCAUAAUCUUCAUACAGUGCCAGUCUUGUCACACAAAUGUAAGAUAUUAUUAUAUUUUUGGUUUUAUUUUAUUGAUUAUUUAUUUUUUGCAGAGAUGCAAUUUGUGCUCAAAUAAAAAAUG